UUUAAAGUUGACUACAUUAGCCUAUAUACAAGUCCAUCUGUUACCUUACACUUUGGUCCUACCCAUCAGAUAUACUAUCUCCCAGAAGUUCUGCUGCAAAGAUUGGGGAAUAUCCCAAGUCGUGAUGCCUGGACUCACGAGAUUCAUCUCGUAGAUGUUGACGCAAGCAUUGGUCACGUCUUGAUCCACUUCCUGCACACGGGUGUCUAUCAGACACUCAACGACGAAUACAUCGAGGGUGCUGGGUACAACCACAAAACUCUUGUUCGAAAUGAGUUCCAGACAGCUGUGCUUGCACUAGAAGCUGCUAAGAAGUAUAGCGUGCCUGGUCUCCAGGAAUUGGCACAAGUUGAGCUGGAGCGACGAGGCAGGGAAAUUUGUUUACGUGACGCUGUGCGCGCUAUUCGAGAAGAGUCUAUUGCCGGGACUUCUGACGAAAAUGCGUGGCUUCGAGACUUCGUCUCAAAGAAAGUUCGAUGGACCUUCGAACACGAUCGCCCCAUCUUAUCGGCACCAGAAUUAUUUGAAAACAUUGAAAGCCCUACGUUGGUGCGGUUACUGGCUCAAGUCAUCAUUAGUCUAUACAGUGAGGAAGUAGACAAGUUGCGCAAAGGAAAGACCGCAACCGACAAGAAGUCAACGCCUGAGAAGAAAGAAGACGACGACCUAUGGAGAAUACUCGGCUUUGGCAGGAACGCAAAGAACCAGGAGAAAAAGAAUAAGGGAGUACUUGAGGAAGAGCACCUGUCACCUGAGCCAGAGCCAGAGCUAGUCGUGGACGAGCCAUCACCUGCCAAAGAGGAUGAUCCAUGGGGUUGUGGAUGGGAAAAACUAGCACCGGAGCCUGAAUCUGUACCCGAACCACAGCUGGAACCCGAACCUUCAAAGAUGGAGGUAGAUCGUUAUGCGGGGCUUAGUAAGUCACAGGCGAAGAAGCUGAAGGCCAAGUUGGACAAAGAGGUGAAGUUGAAGGAAGAGGAAGACGCGAAGCGCCAGAAGGAGGAAGAGGAGGAGGCUGCUAAGAUAAUGCAACGGGAGGAAGAAGAGGCAGAACUGAUACCGAUGGAGACGGGCGCUACGUCUAAGGAUGAUGAUUGUGAAUUGCGUUUGGAGCAUCUGUUUCGCGAUAACAGGUGGUGGGAUUGUAAGCCAUGCGAGCUGUACAUGCAAAAGGCCGCUCUUAAGUCUUAUUUGGUGGGGUUGCCAAACGUGAAUGAGCUUAGCACAAGCAAUGGAUGA